CUCGUGAGCGCGGACGCAGACACGCGCUCGGCUCACUGAGCAGGAGCAGGACGCACGGAGGGAAGACUGGGGUGAGUUGACACCUCGCGUUUCGAAGGUCCAUGGCACGGCACGGCAAGGGCGGCUCCUGAACAGGUGUACGCAAUUCGUUUGAGGGGAACUUAAACACUCCCCGACACACGACGAAGCAACAGUUUCCACAUUCCCGUGCUCUCGGAGGAAGAUUUAAAAAAAAAAAAAAAAAAAAAAAAUCAUUAAAAAAUGAAGAGCAAAAACCGUGAAAGCUUGACCGACUCCCGGGAGCUGGACGGCUCGUACGACCCGCUGACGGGCAAUCCUUCCAACAGCCAAAGCAAAAAAAGCAUAAAGCAGCGAUUCCUCAAGCUGCUGCCAUGCUGCACGCCCUCGGCCGCCCCCUCAAUCAGUCAAAACAGUGUAGAAGAUGACUUUGAGCUCUCCACCGUGUGCCAUCGGCCAGAAAGCAUGGACAAGCUGCAGGAGCAGACCAAGUUCACCAAGAAGGAGCUGCAGGUUCUCUACCGGGGCUUCAAAAAUGAGUGCCCGAGCGGUGUGGUCAAUGAGGAGAACUUCAAGAAUAUCUAUUCGCAGUUCUUUCCUCAGGGAGAUUCAAGUACGUACGCGCACUUCCUGUUUGAAGCCUUUGACACUGACAAGAACGGCUCAGUUAGUUUUGAGGACUUUGUAUUUGGCCUGUCUAUCAUCCUGAGAGGGACGAUUAACGACCGCUUAAACUGGGCGUUUAACCUCUACGACCUGAACAAGGAUGGCUGCAUCACCAAAGAUGAGAUGCUGGACAUCAUGAAGUCCAUCUACGACAUGAUGGGGAAGUACACGUACCCCACUAUGCAGGACGAUGCCCCCAGAGAGCAUGUUGAGAGCUUCUUCCAGAAAAUGGACCAAAAUAACGAUGGCGUAGUUACUAUAGAGGAGUUUAUUGAGUCAUGUAAAAAGGAUGAAAACAUCAUGCAGUCCAUGCAGCUGUUUGACAAUGUCAUCUAAGACCCGGGAAGGGCGCUUGGUCCCAAGUUAAAGGUUUAAAAUGAGUCAGGUUUUGAAAAAAAAAAAAAAAAAAAAAAGAGCGUGUGUGUGUGCGCGUGUGCGCUCUGUGUAUGUGUAGCUCCUCUCAAUGGGAAGCAAGCCCUCUCCUCAUCAGGCAGUGUGGAGAAACACUGGGAAAAGAAGGCAAGCAGAAGGCUGACCGACACUACCAUGAACCCAAAACCACACGGCCAACUUCUGCUAUUCCUACAUUUUCUUCUUUUUCUGAGCAAAUGGUGGAACUUCAAGUGAAGAUGCUGCCCCCCCCC